AUGAGAGUUGAAAAAGCAUCGGAAUCUGAAUAUUCCGACCCGACAACACGCAAAAUGAAGAUUUCUAUGUAUUCGGUCUCUUUAUUUAUGGGAUAUGGGGCGGCAACUGCCAUGCCCAAUCCAUCGGAAGCAGACUUGACAUCACGAGCAAGUAAGAAUGGCUGGAUUCCGCAUUUCGAGAACUUGGUAGCUUUUGGAGAUAGCUACACAGACGAAUCCCGACUGAGCUAUUUCCAAAGCCAUAAUGGUUCCGCACCACCACCAGGGACACUUCUUCCCACAAGCAACUUAACUGCUGUCGGUGGUGUCGUAUGGGAUAGAUGGGUUUCCAAAAACAGUGGGGCUAAGCUUUAUGAUUAUGCCGUCGCCGGAGCAGUCUGCUCUAACAAGUUGAUGUACCGAUACCUUGCCAGCAUCGACGGACCUUUCCCUGAUGUUGUUUACGAAGUUGAUGCUUUCGUCGCCGAUGUCAACUACGUCAAUUCAUCCACAAAUACCAACACUCUUUACACCAACCGCAAGUCAGAUAACACGGUAUACUCAAUGUGGAUCGGUACCAACGAUUUGGGAAGAAACGGCUUUAUUACAGACUCUUCUACAAACGGGACAACUAUUCCGGACUAUGUUGAUUGCAUUUUUGAUAGGUUUGAUGAAAUCUACCAAACCGGAGCUAGGUAUUUUGUGUUGAUGAAUAACGCACCAUUGCAAUUGACCCCAUUGUACGGCAUGCCAGAUGCAGGAGGAUUGAAUGUUAGUUCUUACUGGCCCAACAAACCAAGCAACAUAUCAGAAGUCAGCGGAAAAAUGAAAGAAUAUACCAAAUUAGCCAACAAUAUAUUUGACUACCGAGUACCAUUCGAGUUAAAAAUCCGCAAACGGUAUCCAGGAGCAUCAUUCGCCAUCUUCAAUACCAAUGCCUUGUUUACCGACAUCUACAAUAAUCCAACACAGUACUUGCCGGCACCAGCCAUUGUCGAUGUAUCAUAUAUUCUCUGUGAUGUCUCUGGAUCCCCUUGUCCCCAAAAAUCAGGAGACCGAGAUGGCUACAUGUGGUACGAUGAAUUACACCCAUCUCCAGGAACAAGUGAGGCUGUUGCGAAAGAGUUCUUGAAUGUUGUCAAAGGAACUUCAAAAUAUGCUACAUAUUGGUAG